ACUGGGUUGUCAAAAUGUUUGUAAACGUUUUCACGUUUCACUAGUCAUAUAAUAUUAUUUUCCGCAGAUUUGUGAGAAAAUUGGUGUACAGCGCGUCGUAUUUAGCAGUUUUUACAAUGGGAUCCUCAAAAAAGCACAAAAAGGAAUCAAAGAAACACAAAAAACGGUCCCGCAGUCAUACUCCGCAUGAAAAAAGAAGCCGCUCCUACUCAGAGGAUCAAGAACUAGUGGAGGUAGAGUAUGAUCGCCACAGGAAGGAUACUUCCGCUUCUGGAAGUCGUUAUGAGAUGGUGGUUGUGGAAAAGGUGCACAAGCACAAGAAACACCGAAAGGAAAAGGUUCUGGUGGACGAACGGAUUGAGCGUAAACAACGAAAGAAACAUCGGUAUGAGCUGGAAGAGGCAGAGACCGUUCAAGUGGGAAGUAGCUCGCGGUAUCGCUAUGAAAAGGACAAUGGACACGAAACAAGCGGAUCCCGUCACAAAUCUCGUCGAGAGCAGCAUUACAUAGAGGUCAACGACGAUGAUAGCGAUAGCUCGGACUGCGUAGAGGUGCCGGUUGACGAUGACAUUCCGCCACCACCACCGCCAAUCACAAGACGGGCACCUUCGCCGAUUCCCGUACCCCAGGAAAAAAUCAGCAAAUCAUCGCGAAGUCGCCGUACACCGUCGCCACCGUCAAUGUACGUAAGCCGUAAAACUCCGUCUCCACCGCGAGUAGCUCCACCAUCAAGGAGACGAUCCCCAUCUCCACAGCCAUUGAGAAAGCGGUCUCCUUCGCCACUUCCGGUUAGAAGACGAUCUCCUUCGCCACUUCCGGUUAGGAGGAGAUCUCCUUCGCCACUUCCGGUUAGAAGGCGAUCUCCUUCACCACCGCCGUUGAGGAGAAGAUCACCAUCACCACCACCAGUGCCGGCAAAGCCGUCCCGCAGAAGAUCGCCUUCUCCACCGGUAGUAAAAAUUCCUCGUAGAAGAUCACCUUCCCCACCGGUUGUAAAGAUUCCUCGCAGAAGAUCGCCGUCCCCGGCGAAAAUGUCCCGCAGGAAAUCACCUUCACCAGUUCCUAUGAAAAGCUCACGUCAGCGAUCAAUGUCUCCGAUUCCGGAGAAUGGUGCAGGGGAUGUACUAUCGAUUGUGGAAACUAACAAACUAAGAGCGAAACUAGGACUUAAACCGCUAGAGGUAGGUCCGUCUGAAGGAUCGGCACCUGCAUCAAUUGGGAAGCAGCGAGAUGAAGAAGCGCCGAAAAAUGAGAAGACCGGCCUUAGCUAUGAAAAGAUCAAGGAUGAUUGGGGUGAAUUUUACCAUAAGCCCGCAGCCAAUCUUUCGGAAAAAUCUAAAGAGGAUAAGAUUCGCGAGAAGUUGAAGGAGAGAAAGGAGAAACGUGCCGUGGAGGACAAGUUGAAGCAACAGAAGACACUGGGGGAAGACGAUGAAGUAGAUGACGUGCGUAAUUGGGUCAUAAAAAGUCGCGAUAAGGAGCGGUUGAAGAAGGAAGCGGAAAAAAGGGCCAAGCUGCUGGAUCAAUUAGAUGAAGAGUUUGGAGUUGGCGAUUUGGUAGAGCAGGAAGUCAGGGAAACGAGAAAGGAAGCGUACAGAGAUAGGGAUUUGAAGGGGUUACGAGUGGAGCAUGACGUGGAAGAGUUUAGGGAAGGUCGUCAGGUUAUUUUAACGUUAAAGGAUGCUGAUGUUCUGGACUAUGAUGCUGGCGAUACCUUGAUUAACGUCAACAUGGUGGAUGAUGAACGGUACAAAAAGAACGUUUCGAAUAAAAAGGCUAACCCGAAUCACUAUGGAUAUGACGUAUACUGUCAGGAUGAUGUGGACGAAUUCGGUUUCCCGAAGGAAAGAGAUAUUCUCGGGAAGUAUGACGAAGAAAUUGGCGGACACAAAAAGUCUAGCUUCACGAUAGGAUCCAACGCCGAACAUGAGGCGAGUGAAAAACGAAGACAAUUGGAAAUCAAGGCCAAACUGCAGAACAAAAAGCUUGAUUCGCUUGACACGGUUCCUCUGGCCCUUGCUUCGGAAUACUUUAACGAAACUGAACUGGCUUCGUUCAAAAAGCCAAAGAAGAAGGUGCGGAAAAUUCGUCAGAAAUUACGCGCGGAUGAUCUGCUUUCAACGGCAGUAGAGGCAUCGUCCAGUCAAGAUUUGGGAUCGCGGGUGAAUCGCCGUUCGGAACAACCGACUGAAGGAUCAACCGAGUUACUAGCAAAAAAUCGCAGAAGGGAACUUCUGCUCACUGAUGACACACCGAUGAUCCAGGAAGAUCUAUCUAAUGUCCGGGUUGAAGAGGACGAUGAAGAUCUUCAGGCAGUCUUGUCGAAGGCUCGCCGUCUCAAGCAAAAGGAGGCAAUCAUUUCAAAAACUCUCACCAUCGAUCCUGAGCGCAUUAAGAAAGAGAUCAAACACGAAAUGGUGUCGGAUGAGGGCGAAGAAACAAGUUAUGACACGCGGACUAGAGACGGUGCCAUUCUGUUGAAUGCAACCGCUGAAUUUUGCCGCACUUUAGGAGACAUCCCUACGUACGGUUUAGCUGGCAAUCGGGACGAGGAUGUUAACGAAAUGAUGGAUUUUGAACAGCACAGCGACAAAGAAGAGGACGAGCUGGAGGAACGUUUCGGGGCGUGGAACUCGGUUAAUACAGCACGGGAACAGGAAGAACAUGUCAAUGCUGUUAUUGCUGUGGAUGAUGUGGCUAUCUUAGACGAGGAACCGGAUGUAGCUUCUAGCGUGGCAGGAGCUCUGAAGCUGGCAAAUUCCAAAGGAUAUCUAGAGAAGGAAGAGUCUAAUCGGCCAAGCAACGCGCGGUUUGCCCAUCUACAGGCACAAAACUACUCGAUCGAGGAUAAAAACUAUGGGGAUGAUGACAAAUACGCCAGACGAGAUCGAUUUUGUGGUCCGAUUAUGGAUUUCAGAGAGAAGGAAACGUUCAAACCGAAUGUUAAGCUGGAAUACAUCGACGAUAGUGGACAUUUGCUAACGCCGAAGGAAGCUUUCCGAUAUCUAUCGCACAAGUUCCACGGAAAAGGUCCGGGAAAAAAUAAGGUUGAGAAGCGGUUAAAGAAAAGCGAACAGGAGGGGCUGAUGAAAAAGAUGAGUUCGACGGACACUCCGCUCGGAACACUAAAUAUGCUCCAGCAGAAGCAGAAGGAGACACAGUCGCCGUUCAUUGUGUUGAGUGGAAGCAAACAAAAUACCAGCAUCGUAAAGCAUAAACGCUAGUAAUCCCAGCUAACAUGUGGUCGAAAAUAGUUCGCAAAUACGCUAGCAUAGGCAUAGAGUUACAGUGAAGCUUUGGUUUGAAAUUAAACUUUGUCGAUAUGGUAAUGUUUCCUCGUU